CUGCGGUUCGAGGUCUACGACAGCCACGGGCCCGGCAGCCUCAGCUGCCAGGACUCCUGGGGGGCAUGGAGUGCACCCUGGGGCAGAUUGUGGCCCAGAAGAAGGUGACCCGACCUCUGCUGCUGAAGUUCGGCCGGAACGCGGGCAAGUCCACCAUCACGGUGGUAGCUGAGGACAUCUCCACCAACAACGGGUACGUCGAGCUCUCCUUCCGGGCCCAGAAGCUGGACGACAAGGACGUCUUCAGCAAGUCGGACCCCUUCCUGGAGCUGUACCGGGUCAACGACGACCAGAGCAAGCAGCUGGUGUACCGGACGGAGGUGGUGAAGGACAACCUGAGCCCCGUGUGGGAGCCCUUCAGGGUGUCGCUGAGCUCCCUGUGCAGCUGCGAGGAGGCCCGGCCGCUGAAGCCCCCAGCCCUCGGGGUGGGUGUUGGCACUGGCACUCUGGGGGGUGGGGGGGUCUCUGCCCGUCCCUGUGCCCAGGCCCAGUGGGAAUGCGUGAAUGCCAAGUACAAGCAGAAGAAGCGCCAUUACAGGAACUCGGGGCUGGUCAUCCUGGCCGACCUGAAGUUCUCCAGGGUCUACUCCUUCCUGGACUACAUCAUGGGCGGCUGCCAGAUCCACUUCACGGUGGCCAUCGACUUCACAGCCUCCAACGGGGACCCCCGGAACAGCUGCUCCCUGCACUACAUCAGCCCCUUCCAGCCCAACGAGUACCUGCAGGCCCUGGUGGCCGUGGGUGAGGUCUGCCAGGACUACGACAGCGACAAGAGGUUCUCCGCUCUGGGGUUUGGAGCCCGCAUCCCCCCCAAGUUUGAGGUCUCCCAUGACUUCGCCAUCAAUUUCAACCCCGAGGACGACGAGUGUGAAGGAAUCCAGGGCGUGGUGGAGGCCUACCGGAACUGCCUGCCCCGCGUGCAGCUCUACGGCCCCACCAACGUGGCGCCCAUCAUCUCCAAGGUGGCCCGCGUGGCCGCGGCCGAGGAGCACACCGGGGAGGCCUCUCGAUACUACAUCCUGUUGAUCCUGACGGACGGCGUGGUGACCGACAUGGCGGACACACGGGAGGCCAUUGUGCGAGCCUCCCACCUGCCCAUGUCCAUCAUCAUCGUGGGCGUGGGCAACGCCGACUUCACGGACAUGCAGGUGCUGGACGGGGACGACGGCGUCCUGCGCUCCCCGCGGGGCGAGCCCGCGCUCCGGGACAUCGUCCAGUUCGUGCCUUUCCGGGAGCUCAAGAAUGCCUCCCCCGCGGCGCUGGCCAGGUGCGUGCUGGCUGAGGUGCCCAAGCAGGUGGUGGAGUAUUACAGCCACAAGGAGCUGCCGCCUCCAGGCCUCGGCGCCCCAUGAGGACCCCAGAGAGGGGGUGCGGCCAGGGUGCCUCCUGUCCCCAGCACCCUUGAGGUCCCUUAAACUCCCCCCUGACUUCCCAGAAGCCUCCUGUCCCCCAAGCGCCCAGGCGCCCUCAUCCCCUGGGGCCCCCGAGGUUGAAGGAUGAGCAAGCCCAGGCCCGAGGAGACCCAGAAACAGAAGCAGAUGGGGCGGGGGGCUGGCGGUAGCCCCCACACCUGGCCCGGCCCCAGGAGGGGCUGGGGGAGUCACGGUGCAUCUGAUGUUCCUGGGGAGGGGCCAGCAGGCAGCGUCCGUCACAGAGAAAAUGGUGCCCAGGCCCCGAUGGUCAGCCCUGCCCCCUGUGCCCCUUUCCUGCCCCUGCUGUGAGGGCCCUGCCUCCGCACCCAGCUGGGCUCAGGUGCAAUAAAGUGUCGUCUCAUG